GCGCGAAAUCAGAGCGUGUUUGAGGUGGUAGUGCACAGGUGGUGGUGUUUAUCCUUAAUCCAGCAUGAAGAGAACCUUCCUAGAGCCUCAGGUUAAAGGCAUGGCGACACUGUUUAAUGAAAUCAGCCAAGAUUUUUCCAGCUGCGGUGAGGAGGGAAACAGCAGUGACACCACCUCAGAUGACUCCACAGCCCUCCACAGUCCCACCCUGCUCUGCAGGACCCCUCGAGUUCAGCGGCAUCGCAGCAGAAGCACCUCAUCCUUUUCGCCUUUCCAGAGCAAAAGCCCCAUACCUUUUGCUUCUUGGAGUAAGCUCAGGCUGUGUGACACUCCCAGCACACCCAAGAGUUUACUGUCAAAGGCAUCCCAGCCUUUCUCUAGCAUAAAGAUAGGUCGCCAUCAGAGGUGCCUACGUUUCACCUCCGAUUCUGCAAAACUUAUCCACGCUCCUUCAGUCAAUGUUAAUCCUUUCACUCCAGAAACGGUCCGCAGGAAAAGUGAACUGCAAUGGAGGAGUGAUGAGGAUGAUUCCCAUGAUUACAGGCAAAGGUUGAAACACAGCCUCACAUCAUCUGAAGAGGAUGACGAAGCCUUUCUCCCACCAAAGAGACGUGCAGUCCAAGCCUUCAUGCUGUCGCGCUACGAGAGCGAGUUCCUAGAGCUGGAGUGCAUCGGUGUGGGAGAGUUUGGGGCAGUUUAUAAGUGCGUUAAUCGACUGGAUGGGUGCCUGUAUGCCAUAAAACGCUCCAGACGUCCCCUGGCUGGCUCUUCCAAUGAGCAGCUGGCUUUAAAGGAGGUGUAUGCACAUGCGGUUCUUGGACACCACCCACAUGUUGUUCGCUAUUAUUCUGCCUGGGCAGAGGAUGACCACAUGCUGAUUCAGAAUGAGUACUGUGAUGGUGGAAGCCUGGGGGAUGCCAUUAUAAAGAAGAAGGAACAGGGUGAGCAGCUUACAGAGGCUGAGCUCAAAGAUCUGCUUUUACAAGUGGCUAUGGGUCUAAAAUACAUCCACAGCUCAGGCCUGGCCCACCUAGACCUCAAGCCAAGCAACAUAUUCAUUUGCCAGCAGCCCAGUGCAGAUGGAGGAUGCGAGGUAGAGAGCGAGGGGGAAGAUGAGGACCAGUCUUCAGCUGGAGUCCUUUAUAAAAUUGGUGAUCUUGGUCAUGUGACAUCAGUAAGUAGUCCACAAGUCGAGGAGGGGGACAGCCGUUUCCUCGCCAAAGAAAUUUUGCAUGAGGAUUACACCCACCUCCCUAAGGCUGACAUAUUUGCUCUGGGCCUUACUGUGCUGCUGGCGGCUGGUGCCCCCCCUCUGCCUCCUAAUGGAGAUCAGUGGCACAGUCUCAGAGAGGGUCACCUCCCCCCGGUGCCACAAGCCCUCUCUCCUUCAUUCAAAGGUUUACUUCAGUCUUUGCUGGAUCCUGACCCGGUUAAGCGGCCCUCCGCCAAAGAGCUUUGCAAACACACAGUCUUGAGGGAAAAGAGGACUGAGACGCUGGCUGCUCAGCUGCGUUGGGAGCUCAAUGUGGAGAAAUUCAGAACAGCAAUGCUUGAAAAGGAGCUCCAGGAGGCACGACAGGCGGCCUUAUCCCCAAAACAGAAUUUCUCCCUUGGUUUGAAGCCUCCCAUGAAAGUGGGGUCCGUACCAAGGAUAGGGAGAAGACUUGUUGGAAGGAAAACCACUCGAUCUGUCAGCUUUGGUUGUCCAGGGUAUGCUGUCUGACAAGUGAUGAAUCUCUUUGGAGAAACAGGAAAUAUCUUUGUUAUAAGCCUGUAGCUCUUAAAGUGAAGCUCACAGAAAUGGUUACAUGUACAGUCUUGUUUGUUUGGAGGAACUUGUGUAACUAGAACUUUAGAUUGAGUUGGCUUUAAUGGGAUAAUUUGAUUCCAGCAUAUCCUGUAACUCCAUGAGUCCAAUCCGCGGAUGGUCUUUUACUUGUUUUAUUUUCUUUUAAUAAACAUUUUAAGUACUUUAAUACAUGCAUGCUGAUUAUUUGUCAAUUUUGUAUUGUUGGUUGUGUAGAUGUGGUAAAUUUGUUAUCUUUAAGGGGACUUUCCUCUGGAAGUUUUUUCUUUUUUUUUCUAAGUUGCACUGAACUGUGAGAUUCAAAGGAAGUAUG